AUGGGCAACCGUCGCAGUCUUCAUACCGCCAUGAAGCUCCACAGUCACCAACAGUCCCAGAAGUGGCAUGACACACAACACAAGGAAGCCCAUUGGGGCACAGCCGUGGAGACCAAUCCUGUUGGAGGUGCUUCCCAGGCAAAGGGAACUGUGCUUGAACACGUAGGCAUUAAACUGAAACAUCCAAAUUCUGCUAACAGGAAGUGGGUCAGGGUGCAGUUCACCAAGUAUGGCAAGAAAAUCACAGUGCCAGUGCCCAAGGAUAGCUGCUUGAACUUCACUGAGGAAAACAAUGAUGUUCUGGUUGCUGGAUUUGGUCAAAAAGGUCACGCCAUAGGUAAUGAUACUCCUGGAGUCCUCUUUAAGGCUGUUCAAGUAGCCAAUGUGUCUCUUUUGGCCCAGCACAAAGGCAAGGAGACAAAGAUCAUAAAUUUUGGUGAUGGAGACACAGUAAUAAAUUCUCAUAUUCUGAAGAACAAAAACAAAACUAGAGGUCAAAGAUCGCAUGCACCUGUGGUCCUCCAGGGAGGAGUCUGA